CCUCGACAUGUAGGUGUGAAAAGGUUGGCAUCGUUCUCGAACAAGGCUUGACGGCGGAAUCUGGAUUUGAUCUUAAGAAUGGUUUUUGGUGGCCAAAUAUGUGCGUAACAAAUAUUGAGAAAAUUAAGUUUGACAUUCGUAUUGAGUUUUACAUUCCCCGUUAUUAUGAUCGAGAUGAAGAUUCUCCAUUGUGUCCAUCAACAACAAUAGAAUCAUUUAAAAACAAUGUUUAUCUUACACAACGAAAUAUACCAUUGACGUAUGAAGAUAAUGAACUAUUUCACUUUAGAAGUUGA